AUGCGGCAGGGGGAGGGAGGCUGCACAAGUGAAGAGGAUGCGGUGGUGCGCGCUGUGACAGAGGCAAACGCAGCGCUCCUGUCGGAGCGAACGCGCGGGAAACACAGAGCCAUGGCCGGAGCCAAGCUCACGCCCUCGCCCUCAGAGAUCGACCCAGACGUGAAGACCGAUGUGCAGAAAAGCUCUGAACCCACCUGGGUGCAUCCCUCCAGCUCGCUCCGGACCAUGGGCUCGUUUGGGAGCGAUGCCGGCCAAAGGUAUCAGGAAGAAUACAGUAUGGACUCCACUAAUGCCCAGGUGCAGGUGGAGUUCUAUGUCAACGAGAACACCUUCAAGGAGAGGCUGAAGCUCUUCUUUAUCAAAAACCAAAGGUCAAGUUUGAGAAUCCGUCUAUUCAACUUCUCCCUGAAGAUCCUCACCUGUGUCCUUUACAUCCUGAGAGUCAGCCUGGAUACCCCUCCUUACGACUGGUCCAAUUGUCGGAACAGUUGGAACAGUAGCUCAGUUAAUUGCACAGAGACACAAGGAAUCGACUGGCAGUUGAUAUUCUGGGUCCACAGAAAGAGUCCUGUAUGGGAAAUACAGGUGAUAGUGGCCUUAAUCAGCUUUUUGGAGACCGUGCUAAUCACAUAUCUUAGCUAUAAGGGAAACAUCUGGGAGCAGAUUUUUCAGAUGUCCUUCAUAUUGGAGAUGAUUAAUUCUGUACCAUUUAUAAUCACAAUAUUCUGGGCUCCAUUGAGAAAUAUAUUUGUCCCUGUUUUUCUUAACUGUUGGCUUGCCAAAGGAGCCCUGGAGAACAUGCUUAAUGACUUCCACCGUGCCAUCCAGAGGACACACUCGGCCAUGUUUAACCAAGUGUUCAUCCUCAUCUGCACUUUACUCUGUCUGGUUUUCACUGGAGCUUGUGGGAUUCAACAUUUGGAAAGAUCUGGAAAGAACCUUACCCUUUUCGAUUCCUUUUAUUUCUGCAUCGUCACCUUCUCGACUGUGGGCUAUGGAGACGUCACGCCUCAGAUCUGGCCGUCACAGCUGCUGGUGGUCAUCCUCAUCUGUGUGGCCCUCGUGGUACUUCCACUGCAGUUUGAAGAGCUGGCUUACUUGUGGAUGGAGAGCCAGAAGCUGGGAGGGAACUACAGCCGCCAUCGAGCCCAGACUGAGAAACAUGUGGUGCUGUGUGUGAGUUCUCUGAAGAUCGACCUGCUCAUGGAUUUCCUCAACGAAUUCUACGCUCACCCCAGACUGCAGGAUUACUAUGUGGUCAUUCUGUGUCCGACGGAGAUCGACAUCCAGGUGCGGAGAAUCCUGCAAAUACCGCUGUGGUCGCAGAGGGUCAUCUACCUACAGGGAUCCGCACUCAAAGACCAGGACCUGAUGAGAGCAAAGAUGGAUGAUGCAGAGGCCUGUUUCAUCCUCAGCAGCAGGAACGAGAAAGACCGGAACGCAGCCGAUCAUCAGACGAUUUUGAGAGCGUGGGCUGCCAAAGAUUUUGCACCAAAUUGCCCACUCUACGUUCAAAUCCUCAAACCGGAAAAUAAGUUCCAUGUCAAAUUUGCAGAUCAUGUUGUGUGCGAGGAGGAGUUUAAAUACGCCAUGUUGGCCUUGAACUGUGUCUGUCCAGCCACGUCCACGCUCGUGACACUGCUGGUGCACACUUCCAGAGGACAAGAAGGACAGAUGUCUCCGGAGCAGUGGCAGAAAACGUACGGCCGCUGCUCAGGAAACGAGGUCUAUCACAUCGUUCUGGGGGACAGUAAAUUUUUUGGGGAGUAUGACGGAAAGAGCUUCACCUACGCAUCCUUCCACGCCCAUAAAAAAUACGGCGUGUGUCUAAUUGGGGUCAAACGGGAGGACAACAAGAGCAUCAUGUUGAAUCCCGGCCCGCGUCACAUCAUGGCCGCCACUGACACCUGCUACUACAUAAACAUCACCAAGGAGGAGAACUCGGCCUUUAUUUUCAAACAGGAAGAAAAGCACAACAAGGGUCUCCCCGGCUCUAGCAUCUACGACGCCCCCUCCAGGCUGCCUGUGCACAGCAUCAUCGCCAGCAUGGUUGAUCAGGCCACUGCAUAUGGCACAGUGGCUAUAGACCUGCAGAACCCAGACCCUCCCGAAGAGAAAGGAAUGCUCAUGUUGCCCACUGAAAACGGUGGCGGCAGUCGCAGACCAAGCAUCGCACCGGUCUUAGAAAUCGCUGACUCCUCUGCUGUGCUCCCUUGCGACCUCCUCAGUGACCAAUCAGAAGACGAAACCAACCAAUCAGACGAGGAGGGCUCGGUGGGAUCAGAUUUUGUAAAGGGCUACCCUCCAAAUUCUCCAUACAUUGGCAGCUCUCCGACUCUGUGUCACCUCCUGCCACAAAAGGCUCCAUUCUGCUGCCUCCGCUUAGAUAAGGGCUGUACACACAAUAGUUUUGAAGAUGCCAAGGCGUACGGCUUCAAGAAUAAGCUGAUUAUAGUUUCUGCAGAGACGGCAGGGAAUGGACUCUACAACUUUAUAGUUCCACUGAGAGCUUAUUAUCGGCCCAGGAAGGAGCUCAACCCCAUAGUGCUGCUUCUCGACAACAAACCGGAGCACCACUUCUUGGAGGCCAUUUGCUGCUUCCCAAUGGUUUAUUUCAUGGAAGGAACAAUUGAUAACUUGGACAAUCUGCUGCAGUGUGGAAUAAUCUACGCAGACAACCUGGUGGUAGUGGACAAGGAGAGCACCAUGUGUGCGGAGGAGGACUACAUGGCCGACGCCAAGACCAUCGUCAAUGUCCAGACUAUGUUUAGACUAUUCCCCAGCCUCAGCAUCAUCACAGAGCUCACCCAUCCCUCCAACAUGAGGUUUAUGCAGUUCAGGGCUAAAGACUGCUACUCUCUGGCUCUGGGCCGACUGGAGAAGAUUGAACGAGACAAGGGCUCCAACCUGGCUUUCAUGUUUCGCUUGCCUUUUGCUGCUGGAAGAGUUUUCAGCAUCAGCAUGUUAGACACGCUGCUUUACCAGUCAUUUGUGAAAGAUUACAUGAUCGCAAUCGCGCGGCUUCUUCUUGGUCUGGACACUACGCCUGGUUCUGGAUAUCUCUGCGUUAUGAAGAUCACAGAGGAGGAUUUGUGGAUCAGGACGUAUGGUCGACUCUUUCAAAAGCUCUGCUCCUCCAGCGCUGAGAUCCCCAUGGGCAUCUACCGCACAGAGUCACACAUGUUCUCCACCACAGAGGGUAAGGACAGCUAUGCACAGUCUCAGAUGUCUAUCAACAUGGAGCCAGGCCAGGAGCCCAGAGAGCACGGCGAGGGCUGGAAGGAGCGACCGGGCCAUCGUAACUCCAGCGCUAACGAACCAUCAGAACACCCACUGCUGAGGAAGAAGAGCAUGCAGUGGGCGCGCAGGCUCAGCAGGAAGACUGCUAAACCCGCAAGCCGAGCCGAGCGCAUCUCCCAGCAAAGACACAACCUGUACAGGCGCUCGGAGCGGCAGGAGCUGUCGGAGCUGGUGAAGAACCGCAUGAAGCACCUGGGUCUGCCCACGGUGGGAUACGAAGACGUUUCUAAUCUCACAGCGAGUGAUGUCAUGAAUCGAGUAAAUCUAGGAUAUUUGCAAGAGUUGCAGGACAUUUCAGAGCGUCCAUAUUCAGAGGGGACCAAGCCGGCAGAGCCACAAGCAGAUGAGCUGAACGACCACCAAAACACGCUCUCCUACGUCCUGAUAAACCCACCGCCCGACACCAUGCUGGAGCUCAACGAUAUCGUGUACAUCAUCCGGCCAGACCCUCUCGCCCACAUGCCCGAGGACUCCCAGGUGGGGCAGGCGCACGGGACCAGGUACCAGCAGGAAUUAAGCACAGAGACCAGGAACGAGACGCACCUCUGA